AUGCUUGAAGGGGAGAGGUUGAAAUGGCUCAGAAACAACCAAUCUAAACUUAGAGUGUCAAAGUAUAACAAUCUCAAUCCAGAAGGAGAUGAAACUCAAACACCAGGGUCAAGUACCGGUAAAAGAGUUAUCUUACCCUCAACAUAUGUAGGUAGUCGGAGAUUUAUGGAUCAGCUGUACUAUGACGGAAUGGUUAUUUGCGGUAAGGUGGGAUUUCCUGACCUAUUUAUUACAUUCACAUGCAACCCUAAUUGGCCAGAAAUUCAAAGAGCUUUGAAUCCACUCAACUUGAAACCACAUGAUAGACCUGACAUCAUUGCUAGGCUCUUCGAAAUGAAGUUUGAUAGCCUUUUGUCUGACGUCACAAAGAAAGGGGUCUUAGGCAAAGUCCUUGAUUAUAUGUACACCAUAGAAUUUCAAAAGCGAGUAUUGCCACAUGCACACAUUCUUAUUUUCUUGCAUCCAUCAAAUAAAUAUCCGGCACCAGACGACAUAGAUAAAAUUAUUUCAGCCGAGAGUACUUCAAUCAAAUAUCUCUUCAAGUACAUCAACAAGGGUUCUGACCGAAUAUCUGCUGUCAUUGCUCCAACUGAUAGCACAAAAGAGGUUCAUGUCGAUGAAAUCAAACAAUACCUUGAUUUUAGAUACGUGUCUCCAAGUGAAGCAUGUUGGAGGAUAUUUUCUUAUUCCAUUCAUGGAAGGAAGCCAGCUGUUGAAAGAUUAUUUUUUCACUUGGAAGGAGAAAAUUCAGUGUACUACAAAGAUUUCGAACAAAUUGGAAAUGUCUUACUUAAAGCAAGUGUGACUGAAUCAAUGUUUACUUCAUGGUUUGUUGCCAAUAAUGAAUAUGAGGAAGCAAAGUCUUUGACAUAUGGCCAAUUUGUAUCCAAAUUUGUUUAUAUUAAGAAAUCAAGAACUUGGCAACCGAGGAAGAGAGGUUAA